AUGCGUCACAGCAAAGCGGCGAUUUGUGGCGGUAUCACCGGUGCACUCGAUGUGUUUUUGAAGCGAUCGAAGGGAUUGCACAGGGCUUUAUUAUUGUACAGCAACAAUAAAGACAAAGGAAGAAAAAAUGGCAAGGAUAUUGGUGUAGGUAUGCGCAGUCCUGGACACUUUACGGAGCCCAAACAAUCAAAGCGAGCGUGUCAUGGUGCAGCGUACAGUCAGAUAUUCUGGACUAUCGUGUCGUCCUUCAAGUAA